AUGCAAGUGGCAUCCAUUACCAAGAUCUGGGUGAGCAUGUGCUUUUUCAUCCUACAGAAGGAACAUGGGAUCUCCGUUGAGACCCCGGUCUAUGAGCUUCUUCCGGGAUUCUUGGGAGAGAACAUGGAUUCUCCGCUAUUCGACAAGAGGAAGAUUCUCAUUAGACAUCUUAUGACACACACGAGUGGUUUCACGCCUGAACCAACUCCCAUGCUGGAUAGUCCAGAGAUUGUCAAUUUGCCAGUUGGUAAGCAGAGAGAAAGUGUGAUCAAGAACUCUCUGGUCAACGAACCAGGCACUGUGGGGACAUACAGUGACGUCAACUAUAUGGUUCUUGGAUUCAUUAUUGAAGAGGUAUCCGGGUUGACCUUGGAUGAGUUUUUGAGGUUGAAAAUUGUGGAGCCAAUGGAACUAAAAGAUACCUGUUACAACCCUGAUCAUAGCAAGCUUGGCAGAAUAGUUGCGAACGAGUACAUUGCUGCAGGUCACGAACUCGGAAGACCCCAACCGAUCAGAGGGUUUGUUCAUGAUGAUAAAGCACAUGCAUUGAAUGGAGUGGCAGGACAUGCUGGAAUCUUCUCUACGCUUCAUGAUAUGUCUUUGUUCUGUGACAUGAUCUUGAACAACGGUGUUCAUAACGGGAAGCAAAUUGUUGAUAGUGAUCUACUGGAGAUUGCUCGGAAAAACCAUACGACCCAUAUUCCAAAUUUCAAUCGUGGCUUAGGUUUUGAGCUGAAUGCUGGCAGCAAUAUGGGUGAAUUUGUGGAAUUGCCUGGUGGAAGCUACGGCCAUACAGGAUUCACUGGUACCAACUUUGCUAUGAACGAUGCCACUAAGAGUUAUGUUUUAUUUUUGACAAACAGGACCCAUCCUAACAGAGCACUUGGGUCUAUUAAUCAUGCUCGGAGGGAGAUCUCGCGAGCUGCAGUUGCUCAUAUUGGUCUGAAGAAGUAG